GGUCACAGAGAGUAGCGCGUGCGGACAACCCACGUUGCGGGCAGAAGGGUAGAGAGAGGAGAGUGACACGAGUUUGCUGGCGGGAGCCGGGAGUCCGGGAGCCGUGGAGUUCCUCCUGCGGAAGGCAGACCAUGGGAGGCCGGGACGAGCCUCAACACGUGGUGCUCGGGCCAUAUGCAGAGUCCCUGUAAGGGCAAGGAACGGAGGAGAAAGUCUAAAUAAGUUGGGGUUCGAACAGACUACAGACAGGAUGCAGAGACCUGUAGAGUUGAGGAUGCUCAAGAGAGUCCGUAGAGGGGCAGUGGAGGUGAGAUGAUACAGAAAAGCUGUUAGAUUGAGUGACCGUGUCGCAGAAGUGAGGUGGCAGUGAAGAGAAACUGAAAAGGACCCUAGUCGUAAGGGAAUCUUUAGAGAGGGACGCAGACGUGAAAGGGCAGACGUAAAGUAGCAAUGUAGAGAAAGCUGAGAGGAUUAAGAGGGUGCUUAUGAGAGAAAACCUUGAGAAGAGAAAGCGAAGCCAGCUGCAGCGAGCUCUGUGAGGGCCCGGUGGAGGGUCUCUUAGAGUGUGGCCAAACCAGACACCAAAGGCUUUUGCAGUAGUGGUGGCCUACCCCGCUGGGGAUGUGGCUCCUCCUCCGACGUGCAUAUCCCCUCCGAGUCUUGCUGCCACUGCGUGGGGACUGGGUGGGUCGGAGAGGCCUGCCCCGAAGCUUGGUCCCAGGCCCUCCCCGCAGAAGGUACAGGAAGGAGGCUCUUCCAGCCUUGGAGGUACCAGUGUUACCUGUGACUACAACUGAAAUCCGCCAGUAUUUACGGGCACAUGGAAUCCCCUUCCAGGAUGGCCACAGUUGUCUUCGAGCACCAAGCCCCUUUGUGAGGUCUUCAGAGCUCAAGGAUCAGAAGAAGAACGGUACCACUUCCUUCUGCCUCUUCAUUGACAAGACCACAGGACACUUUCUCUGCAUGUCCAGCUUGGCAGAGGGGACUUGGGAAGACUUCCAGGCCAGUGUGGAGGGGCGGGGCGAUGGGGUCAAAGAGGCAGUCCUACUUAGUGACCCCCCAGAAACUGAAGACAGAGAGGAGGUCCGGAGGAUCUGGGAUCGAGCCAUACCUCUUUGGGACCUGCCUGACCCUGAGGAGGCCCAGCUGGCUCGAGUGAUGUUUGGCCUUACCAAGGUGACUGAUGACACACUCAGGCGGUUCAGUGUUCGGUAUCUUCGAUCUGCUCACAGUUUGGUCUUCCCUUGGUUCACCCCUGGGGGCUUAGGAAUACGUGGUCUAAAGUUGCUAGGUGUUGAAGGCCAGGGGGAUGGAGUGCAGUACGUAGAGACCACCAUUCCCCGGCCUGGUGCCUACCACAACCUAUUUGGAUUACCACUGAUCAGCCAUAGAGAUGCUGAAGUUGUCCUGACUAGUCGUGAGCUGGACAGCCUGGCCUUGAGCCAGUCCACAGGGCUGCCCACCCUUUCCCUGCCUCGAGGAACCAUCUGCUUACCCCCUGCCUUGCUCCCUUACCUCGAGCAGUUCCGACGGAUUGUGUUCUGGCUAGGGGAUGACCUUCGAUCCUGGGAAGCUGCUAAACUCUUUGCUCGAAAACUCAACCCAAAACGAUGCUCUUUGGUGCGGCCUGGGAACCAACAACCCCGUCCCCUGGAGGCCUUAAACCAAGGCUUAAAUCUUUCUCGUAUUCUUCGUACUGCUCUCCCUGCCUGGCACAAGUCUAUUGUGUCUUUCCGGCAGCUCCGAGAGGAGGUUUUAGGAGAACUGUCGAAUGUGGAGCAAGCAGCUGGUGUCCGCUGGAGCCGCUUCCCAGAUCUCAAUCGCCUGCUAAAGGGGCAUCGAAAAGGCGAGCUGACAGUCUUUACAGGGCCAACAGGCAGUGGAAAGACAACAUUCAUCAGUGAGUAUGCCCUGGAUUUGUGUACCCAGGGGGUGAACACACUGUGGGGUAGCUUUGAGAUCAGCAAUGUGAGACUAGCCCGGGUCAUGCUGACCCAGUUUGCUGUGACACGGUUGGAAGAGCAACUGGACAAGUAUGAAGAGUGGGCAGACCGCUUUGAGGACUUGCCCCUCUAUUUCAUGACUUUCCAUGGGCAGCAGAGCAUCAGGUCUGUAAUAGACACAAUGCAACAUGCUGUCUACGUCUAUGAUGUUUGUCACGUAGUCAUUGACAAUUUGCAGUUCAUGAUGGGUCAUGAGCAGCUCUCCACUGACAGGAUUGCUGCUCAAGACUACAUUGUUGGGGCUUUUCGGAAGUUUGCAACAGACAAUAGCUGCCAUGUGACCCUGGUUAUUCAUCCCCGGAAGGAGGAUGAUGACAAGGAACUGCAGACAGCAUCCAUUUUUGGCUCAGCCAAAGCAAGCCAAGAGGCAGACAACGUUCUGAUCCUGCAGGAUAGGAAGCUGGUGACUGGGCCAGGGAAGCGGUACCUGCAGGUGUCUAAAAAUCGCUUCGAUGGAGAUGUAGGUGUCUUCCCACUUGAGUUCAACAAGACUUCUCUCACAUUCUCUGUCCCUCCAAAGAGCAAAGCCCGGCUCAAGAAGAUCAAAGAUGAUAAUGGACUAGGGGCCAAAAAGUCCUCUUCUGGCAAAAGGGGAGCUAUGCACCAGAACUCUGAGACUUUCUUAAGUCAGGACCCUAACCCGUUCCAGUCAGAUACCUCUAAGUCCUCAAGGUGAAGUGCAUAGCUGCUUGCUAAAAUGAGCCUGACAAAACAGGCUAAAGCACAGACUCUUGGCCUGCUGCUAGGGCUCUUCCUGUAUUCCUGAGCUAUGGAACCGUCUCAGCCUAGGGCUAGGUUCCAUAGUGAGGAAAUUCAAUUUAGCAGCUAUGGCUACGUGCUGGGUUUUCUUCAGAGCACUGAAGAGACAGAUAAGGUCUCUGUUUCCACAAAACCAGCAUUCUGGUAAAAGAAGGGUAGCAAGCAGUAAACAAAUAAGCAAACAUAGUGAAGAAUGUUAAAGAAUGUUCACAGGUUGGUUUUAGAUUAUGCAGUCUACAAUGGUGUCUGAGCAGAAUACAUGUGAGAACUAGAAGAGCAGGUUAGGUGAACAUCUGAAGGAUAUUGGGAGAGGAAAAGUACUAAGCCCUGAGGUGGAAGUGAGCAAGUCACAUUUGAAGCCCCCUGAACAUGGUGUAAAUAGGAGACUUCUCCCUGAAGCCAUAUCGUCUAGGCAUUCAGAGCCAAAGAGUGAUACAGUGAGUGGGCACAAAGCCUCUCUCCUCUGUGCUUUGUAGAGUCAGGCAUAAGAUGGUACCUGCUAGAAUCAAAUCCUAGGUACUUAGCCCUGUAAUAUCAGGGCCUUAAGGAUGAUAGCUUCCUCCCGCUGGAUUAUAUGGCCAUAGAGCUAUGGGAAGAAGCUGUGAACCCAGAGUGCCUGCACCUGGAUGCUGAUUCCAUUGUAUGCUGACUUAGACAGCUGGAGUCAAGACUUUUUAUAGAGCCUUUUCCAGUUUUAAUGAAAACAUUUUCCAUUG